AUGGACUCGGUUCGUGCCUUCUGGAAGGACUUCAAGAUGGAACGUCCGCACGAUCCUCUGGCACUGGCUGCGUUCGAGACAUCGUACCGGAGGAGGGCUCGUGUCAUGGCCAACAACUUUGCCGUCAUCUUUCUCCAUUGCGCCAUUGGGGCCACCAUCAACGGGGUUCUUUUCUUGACGCCCGGCGUACGCGGCUACGUCCAGCAGAUGCCGAUGAUUCGAUUGUCGGUUUCUUCAAAGCUUUUCUUUUCAACCUUU